AUGACCGCUGAGCAGGAGAAAUCUAGAAAGUCCGGAGAGGGCAGAUCGUCGUCCCCUGCUGUUGUGGACGAUGCUCCUGUACUCCCAACCGUCAAUCCAGCCGCCCCCAAGACCGAACCGCCGAAAUCUUCGCUCCAUCCGGCCUUCUAUGUCGUAGCAUGGAUUUUCUUUAGUUCCAGCGUGAUUCUCUUCAACAAAGACCUCCUGGACCAGAAACAGAACAAAUUCCGUAAGUCAUCCAUUCCGUAUGUCAGCUCUUUUUGCUUUAAUCCCACCCCUCGCCUACUCAUUGUUCUUCACUCUGACUCGUCCGUUAAAGCAAUCACCCUUACAACAUGGCAUCUGGGGUUUGCGGCUUUUAUGACCCAAGUUCUGGCCCGUACAACUACCUUACUAGAUGGCCGGAAGAAAGUGAAGAUGACGGGCCGCGUCUAUCUACGUGCUAUUGUGCCCAUUGGCUUUUUCUUCAGUUUGAGCUUGAUUGGCGGAAAUAAGGCAUAUCUCUACUUAAGCGUAGCCUUUAUCCAGAUGCUCAAGGCCACUACCCCUGUCGCCGUGCUUCUCUGCACCUGGUCUCUUGGAAUGGCCCCGCCGAAUCUGAAAGUUCUUUUCAAUGUUUCGUUCAUUGUCAUCGGCGUUAUCAUCGCAUCUUUCGGCGAAAUUCACUUUGUUCUCAUCGGAUUCUUAUUCCAAAUCGCCGGUAUCGUGUUCGAAGCCACCCGACUUGUCAUGGUGCAGCGACUAUUGAGCUCUGCCGAAUUCAAGAUGGACCCAUUGGUCUCGCUGUACUACUUUGCUCCAGUCUGCGCUGUGAUGAACUUCAUCGUUGCGAUCUUUGUGGAAUUCCCAGACUUGACUCUUGCACAUUUCCAAAAAGCCGGCUACAUUACCCUUCUUGCCAAUGCCAUUGUGGCUUUCCUCUUGAAUGUUUCGGUUGUAUUUUUGAUCGGAAAAACGUCUUCCCUCGUCCUUACUCUUUGUGGUGUUCUUAAAGACAUUCUCCUGGUUACCAUUUCUGCCUUCUGGUGGAAUACUCCAGUAACGCCGUUACAGCUCUUCGGAUACACUAUUGCGAUUGGCGGUCUCCUCUACUAUAAACUGGGCACAGAUAAGUUGAAGGAGUAUGCCGACCAGGCCAACAGAUCGUGGGCCGAGUACGGUGCUACUAACCCGAUCAAACGCCGGGUUAUUGUUUUUGGAGCUGCUACGGUUCUCAUUCUUUUCUUUUUGGUCCAAGUUGGAGGACCUUAUACGCCAAGCAACCUCAAAGGGGUUGUUGGCGGCACCGCCUAA